GUUGACGGUUGGUUCUCCUCGGGAUUCUGGGGCUGCGUCGAUUUGCCGAAAGUUUGGCGCGAGUGCGAGAAAUUUCGAAUAUUGCCCAUUUGCGUGAGAGUGCCCCAAGAAAUGUUGGACUCGCAGGACCGAAGGGGGCCGGGCCCCUAGGAAACUAGAUGAAAUAGGCAUUGAAUUGAAGAUUAAAUGAUUGCAAAUUGAAUAGUUGAGGGAUAAGCGAUAAACAGGAGCGGAGAAUGCCGAUCAAAAAGGUGGCGGUGAAGGAGUACGAUUCGCAGGAUGAGGCCAGUACCGAGUUGCUGGAGAAGCUGAAGCACCUGGACCGCCGCGUGGAUGCCGCCGAGGGCGGGUGCGUGGCCAAGGGGGCGGCGGGCGGUCGGAGGAGCACCGCCUGCUGGCAGUCGAUGAAGUGGAAGUCGACCCUCAAUCACAUCGGACUGCUCGUCUCGCUGUCCAUCUACUGCGGCGUGGGCGGAUUGAUAUUUCGCCACUUGGAACGACCUGCAGAGGUAGAACGUCUUUCCCAUCUCAAGGAUGUGGUGAAAACCCACAGGGAACGCUUCAUGCACACCAUAUUGAACAACACCGAGGUCCACAAUCUCGACGAGCUGUUGUCCUUCGAGUUGGCCAAAUAUGAAGCGGCCGUUCAACAGGCGGCUGAGGGAGGGCUGCUGAUAGUGGCCGAUAAAGACUUUCCAGAGCCCUACGAGCGAUGGAGCAUCCUGCAAGCUGUGUUCUUCUCAUCGACUGUGUUAACCACUAUAGGCUAUGGCAAUAUUGUGCCAGUGACGACUGGUGGUCGGGUAUUUUGCAUUUGCUUCGCCCUCAUCGGCAUUCCCUUCACCCUCACAGUGAUUGCCGAUUGGGGUCGAUUGUUUGCCACCGCUGUCUCUGUUUUUGGCAAACAUAUGCCCACCAAACCCAAAUUCACCAACUUUAUUGGCAAGACCUGGUUCUAUGCCAUUUUGGCCGUUGGUUUUUUGGGCGUUUACUUGGCCGCUGGAGCUGGUCUGCUUUUGCUCUGGGAAGAUGACUGGACUUUCUUCGAUGGUUUUUACUUUUGUUUCAUCACCAUGACAACCAUCGGAUUUGGUGAUCUGGUGCCAAAGAAACCCAACUAUAUGUUGCUGUGCACGUUGUACAUUCUCAUUGGCCUGGCCCUGACAUCGACCAUAAUUGAGCUGGUGAGACGACAAUACGCCACUAGUUGGGCCAAACUUCAGGAACUUUCUGGACCCAUGGCGGAGACUUUGCGUCGUUUGGGCGAAACAGCCGGAACGGGUUUGGAUUAUACAGCCCUGCAGAAAGUGCUUACGGUGUCCAUGCCCAAGUGGAAUAGCAAGAAGAACGAACACAGUCCCGAUAUUGCAGCCUUGGAAGCCAUCACCAAUGCCAUACUGAAGGAGGUCAAGGAGGCCCAGAACAACAAGCCCAAGGUCCUGCAAAUCGUCAUCUACGAGUCCUCUGUCUAAUAUAGUAAUGCAAAAACAAACAAACAAAAAAAUGAAAACCAGACAGCGAGAGAGCUUCCAUCGUAAAAAAGUGCUGCAUAAUUUUGGGUAGCCAGAUAGAAAAACAAAAUAUCAAGAAAAAUAUCAAACGUAGUUAGGCUGCUGAUCGUCAUCCGUGGGUUACAGUGGGCACUGGCUACUGCAGCACUGCCAGACUUCCAUUAGUUAGUGUCCUAUAGUGUACCUAUAGCUAUUAUAUAGUCAAAUGUCUAGGCAAUAACAUUGCUCAUACGUACUGAGGCCACAACACACUCUCACACAUGCAAAGCGCGGCAGGUGAUUUAAUAUCUGUAGUCAUAGAUAAUCUUUUUUUUUUUGAGGAAUUCUAACCGUAUGAGGUAGCUUAAGUUAUUUGUAAUCUUAAUUGUAACU